AUGAGUAGCCAAAUCCCCGGGUUCUACUUUGACCCCGAAAAGAAGAAAUAUUUCAAGAUUCAGCCUAAUCACAUCGCGCCUGCGGGGGCUUCGUAUUCUCGCGAAUCUGUCAAGAGGCGGCGUCUGGAACAAAAGGAAAAGCAGAAGAAGGCAGCUUUCGAUCAGCGAAUCGCUCGAGAGAGAGUGCGCAAGAAUGGCUUCCUUCAUCAUCCUCUAAUCGGCGCCGAUAGAGAGGUCGGGUCGCAGCCUACCUCUAGGAACCUUAGGCAAGAGCAAUACGCCCGUAUCUAUGUGAGCCAGUUGGGACGGAGAAAGGUGCAUGAGUUCAAGCCCUGGCCAGAUGAAUACUCCAUUAGGAAUUUGAUCCGGCACCAAGAUUCGGGGAUUCUCAUUGCUGGUGGGCAACGAGGACAGGGGUCGGCGGUCUCAUUGUGCUUUCCUGAUGUCGAGAACGACAACUGGACCUACAACCAGGAAAUGGAACGUGUUCUCCUCAAAGAUCUAUACCGACUAUCAUCACUCUCACAAAGCCACACAGGAUUUCUCCUAGCGACCAUGGAUAGCGGUCCGAGAGGCGACUCAUUCCUUGCUCCUCUCAUGCUUCCAGCUCCUGACCAAGGAGGCGACUACUCCCAGCCCUCGAACCUUAUUCACCCUAUCCGUAUCCCGGGAAAAUCGUCACUAUGGUGUUCAGCAGCCUGCCCAACAGGCCCCAAGGCCAUAUUUGCUAUCGGUACAUCAGAAGGACUCUGCACUCUUGAAGGCUACGGGAGUCGCUGGGGGGUUUAUCGUAAACAGUUUCCCCCGGGGACAGUCCGCCGAGCCCGUGAUUCUUCUCAUGCCGAAGUUAUGGGUUUGGACUGGAUUUCGUCGGACGUCAUUGCAUGCGGGCUGAGAAGCUCGGCCAUUUUCCUGCAUGAUAUGCGAAGUAAUGGGAGCACAAUGCGGCUCCAGCAUCCAGACACCAUUAAAAAGGUCCGCAAGCUUGACCCAUACCGACUGCUAGUUGCCGGAUUCAAUUCCUUGCAAAUGUACGACCUCCGUUAUGCCCCAAAUGGCAUCCAACCAAUCCCAUUACCACUGAGCCGUUCUCAUACUUCAACUCGCCCUUACGUGACUUUCCCGGAGUACUCGCCAUAUUUCUUUCCAGACUUCGACUUGAGCAGCGAACUCGGUCUGCUAGCAAGUGAACCUAAUCAAUUUGAUGGUGAUAAAGUUUCGAAGGACCACCGAGUACAGUUGUUCUCAUUAAAUACUGGGAAGACAGUUCCUUCACCCAUCUCGAACUAUCGCUACUCGGAACCUGCCACCUCCGUCCUCUUUGAGUCCGGCGAUGAAGAUUUGAGUCCGUACGGGCCUCAAAAGCCCAGUCUCCUGGUCGCCUCCGAGGCACAAGUCGACCAAUGGAUCUGGAAGUAG